AUGCGUCGUCUCCGACUCAAACGUCGCUCUCUUUCAGGGCAAGGUCCGCCAUCUCCUGGCGAAUCCACUAAUCCUUCUAUGGCGUCUGGAUCUAUGGAUUCCUACGUCUCUCAGGACCAAGGCACCAGUGCAACAUCAGUUUCUGACGAAAGAGAAGAUGCCGAAUACCGUGAUAUAGUCGGCUCAACCGUUACGAACCCCAGAACAAUGAGCGUAGCUUCUCUGACCAGCACAGAAAGACAAGAUUCCGAAAGUCGCGGAAAGCCUGUACUGAAAGAAAAGCAUCUUGAUAAAAAGCCGGAUCCGGAGCAGAACAAAGAAGGGAAGCAGGAAGGAGAGGAAACGGGGGAUGCAGGGGACGAGGAAGUGCCGCUGGUGGAUUCUCCCGUUUCGUCGGAUAACGAGGAAACGCAGAAGACGCCUAUGCAAAGUGGAUGA